AUGCCCUCAAAGAAGAAAACACCCACAAAGAAGAAAAAUUCUCAAAAACGAAAGUCUUCAUCGGAUCAAACAUCGGGAUCAAAAAGAAAGCAUCCAAUACUUAUUACUAAACCUAUAAUUUUAGGAAACUAUGCAAUAGGUCUUAAAAAGAAAGAUACUGAGCGUUUAUGGUGUAAAUGGGUCUGCUAUGUGAGAGGUCUUGUAUUGGAUGAUGAUUUAAAUUAUAUUUCAAAAGUUGUGUUUCAUCUUCAUGAAACGUUUAAUCCGCCUGUAGUUACUAUUACAAAACCUCCAUUUGAAACUGAACAAGAAGGUUGGGGACAAUUCCCUCUUUUUAUUGACAUCCAUUUUCAUUCCUCCAGCGGUCUUGAUCCCAUACGAUUACAAUAUGAUUUAAAACUUCCAUCAGACAAUGCAAUCAAAAAAAGAAAACCAUUUGUUUCCGAGCAAUAUGAAGAGCUAUUAUUCUACGAUCCAAAUGAACAAUUUGAACAAAUUCUCAAAACUAACACAGAGAAUGUGAAAAAUACAAUCAAGAAAAUUAAGACAGCAACAGAAGCAUCACUGAAACACGAGUCUGAUAGCGACGAUGACAAUAUAACAAGUGAGAGGAAGUCUGGUGCUACAACCACCAGUGUAGUGGAAACAUCUUCAUUUAGACCUUCUGUGUCGGCUCAAAUAGAACAACAUGCUCCUAUUCUUAAAGAAGAAGCCUCUUUGAAAGCAAUAACUGAAAUGGCAGAAAAAUUAAAAGAGCAAAUUAGAGAGCGCGAACAACCCUCCAUGGGAUCUGGCUCAAAGUCUGAAAGCAGCUCUCGUUCAAAAUCUAAGAAAUCUAAAUCAAACAAAAAGUUAAGCAAAAAGAUAGCGACGAUGAUGAAGAUGAUGACGAUUAUGUGGAAUAAGUCGCAUUUAAUGUUCUCGAGCUAA